AUGUUCCUUGUGCCAACACACCCACAUCCCAGACACACACUCACCAAUGGAAUGCUACUCCAUCGGACGGGCGAGACGAAGGAGUACAUCUGUAGUCAAUGUCGACAACAGCUUAUUAAAGGCAACCGACCGCCUUUAUCGCUCGCCAACAAUAUGUGGAUUGGAGCCAUACCGAGAGAACUCGCCGUGUUAACUCUCAGCGAGCGUCUCCUGGUAUCUAUCUACUUUCCUGCAGCCUAUAUCAUCAAACUAUAUCCUCGACAUCUCGGCAAACGGGACGAGGAAAAGACUACAGGAGCUGGACUCAGAGGGAAUGUAUCGUCGUACAGGCUAAACACGGACCGCAUUAGCCAAAUGGUGGACGGGGCAGUCAGACAAGAGCACGCCUCCUAUGUCCCGGCGGAUGAGUCCUCUAGUGAUGAAGACGAUGACGAAGGGAUGGGCGAUGACAGAGAACGAUACACAGGGCAUCUACCAGAUAAUCGUGGGCAAAACAAUGGAGAAGAUAUAGAUUCGGAUUAUGAGCCUGACGUGUUUCCCAUUCAAGCUAGCGGUGUUAUCGACACGGGUGGAGAAGAAGUCACUGACUCUGACCUCUUUGCGCAUGCGGCGGAAAACAUAGUCCCGGCCUUUGCUGCGAGGGAAUACGGCGUGCGGAAAGGAAGCGCGUUUGUCAACGAGUACGCGCGAACAGAUGGGCAAGGGCACUGA